AUCCCGUGUUAGAAUGUUAUAUAAACUCGAUAACUCUUCGAGGCCUAUCAUAUUUGGCAAAAUGAAACUGAUUUUCGUCGCGCUAAUAGUUUUGGUUUCGACCUGGCAAAUACUAACCGAGGAUGUCGUCAAACCUCUCGGUGUGUCGGAGCCAAAGCAUAUGCCUCAGCCGCCGCAGGUAAUAGAGGUAAUACCAGAGGAAGAAAAAUGCUCGGGUGUAUGGUGCAGCAUCAAGAAAGUCUGGCAUAAAACCAUCGGCAAGCGAUCAUUGUUCCAUCAUUGUGGAAGUAUCCCCAAAGGCUCGUACCUGGAUAAAUGCGAGCUUCCGCUUCCCUAGCGUUUGUAGCGAAAGACGGCGCAAGCGAUACAUAAAAGCCCGAGGGUGUGCCUUAAAUCAUUACACGAGUUUUUCCAGAUGACAAUGUGAAAAUAAUUUGGUGCCUAAUAAACAACACUAUCGAAGAGCUCUUUAUUUUGCCUUAAUAAAAAACAGGAAGUGGGUUAUAUCUAUGGUAUAACCGCAAGGGUGACGUAGGACUAUCGUUGAUUUAGAGAUCAUUUGUUUGGAGUUGAAUCUAAAUCCAUUCUGAAUGAAUGAAUAAAUGAAUAUUUGGGAGACUUCGAAAACGAGAGCGUUACGUUGGAGGAACAAGGUUUUAUGCAUCCAAUAUAGGAUACGAAAAACCUUGUUCUGAAGAAUAAUCUUCAGAAGCUAACCUGCUAACUGUACUUGAUUGACAAAUCACAAACCCAAAUGUAUUAUAUGGAUAUUUUAUGGAUGGAAAACAUUAAAAUAAACUCUUUCGCUUGAAUGUAAUUUUCAAUUCCAAGGGGAACUGGCAGAUUAUUUUCCAGCAACGAUUAGAUAUUUCCACAUUUUCCUCGAUACUGGAAGCCCACCCGUGGUUAAUACUAACUCGA